CGCGGGACGUCGCCUGCCACAGGUGAGGGGACAGCGCGAGUCUUUACGGCACCUGCCGACCGACCGACCGACCUGCCGGGUUACCUGCCGCCCGCCCGCCUGCCACCUACCCACACAUAUACACACACCUAUAUACCCCCCGACAGACCGACCGACCGACCUGCCGGGUUACCUGCUGCCCGCCCGCUCGACUGCCAGCUACCCACACAUAUACGCACACCUGUACACCCCCCGACAGACCGACCGACCGACGCCCCGGGAGCGAUGAAGGCCGCCCGGAUCGCCCUGCGCACCGCCGCCCCCCUGGCAGGGGCCAGCGGCGGCACCAAGAGCAGCCGCAGCCAGUUGCCGCGGGAAGUGGAGGAGUUUUCCCGCUUCUCCCCCUCCCCGCUCUCCAUCAAGCAGUUGUUGGACUUCGGAUCAACUAAUGGAUGUGAGAGAACCUCUUUUGCAUUUUUGCGACAAGAACUUCCUGUGAGGUUUGCAAACAUACUGAAAGAAAUAGAUCUUCUUCCUGAUAAAUUACUAGGCACUCCAUCAGUACAAUUAGUAAAAAGCUGGUACAUCCAAAGCCUGAUGGAGCUGGUUGAGUUCCAUGAGAAAAGCCCAGAUGACCAAAAAGUCUUAUCUGACUUUAUAGAUACAUUAAUUAGAGUCCGAAACAGACAUCAUGAUGUGGUUCCUACAAUGGCACAAGGAGUAAUUGAAUACAAAGACACUUUUAAAGUAGAUCCUGUCACCAAUCAAAACAUACAGUAUUUUUUGGAUCGUUUCUACAUGAGCCGUAUUUCCACCCGGAUGCUAAUGAACCAACACACCCUUCUUUUUGAUGAUAAGUCCAGCUCGGGGCAUCCAAGGCACAUUGGAAGCAUUGAUCCUUGCUGCGAUGUUGCUGAAGUAGUGAAUGAUGCUUUUGAAAGUUCCAAGAUGUUGUGUGACCAGUAUUACUUAACAGCUCCGGAACUGAAACUUACCCAAGUGAAUGGAAAGUCUCCAGGAAAGCCAAUUAAUAUCGUAUAUGUCCCAUCUCAUCUGUUUCACAUGCUUUUUGAGCUCUUCAAGAAUUCAAUGAGGGCAACUGUUGAAUUCCAAGAAAACAGUCCUUCCCUUUCUCCAAUUGAAGUGACGGUUGUUCUGGGACAAGAAGACCUGGCAAUUAAGGUUUCAGACAGAGGAGGUGGUGUUCCAGUAAGGAAAAUUGAGCAGUUGUUUAGCUACAUGUAUUCCACAGCACCAAGGCCGAGGAUGGAUGAUGGACGAAAUGCCCCUCUUGCUGGCUUUGGGUAUGGCUUGCCAAUUUCUCGCCUGUAUGCUAAAUACUUUCAGGGAGAUCUAAAUCUCUACUCCAUAUGUGGUUAUGGAACAGAUGCUAUUAUCUACUUGAAGGCGCUAUCAACAGAAUCUGUGGAAAAACUCCCAGUUUUUAACAAAUCUGCUUCCAAGCAUUACCAGGCUACCUCAGAGGCAGAUGACUGGUGUGUCCCAAGUAAAGGCCCCAAGAACGUAUCAAAGCAGAAUGCAGCAAUCUGAAGAGAAGUUGGUAUCCACACACCCAAGGGGAUCAAGCUGCCUCAUCAAAAAAGGCUAGUGUUUGGAAGUAUUCAUCUGCCUCCAAACAAGCAAAUUCUUCCAUUUUGGGACUGGCAGAAGAGAAAACAAUGAGUGUUACAGCCUAGGCUGUAUGCACUGCAUGUGGAACCUUGCUGUGGACUUCAGUAUCAGGAAAAUAGGAGCACAUAUGUCUUUAAAGAAAAGAUGUGUAUAGAGGAAAAUCAGAUGACCAUUUUUUUCCUUAUGAUCAAGGACUUGAUGUGGUAAAGGUGUGCAAUUUUUGAGUCCUGUUUAAUGCUUGAAUUCUGAAUGCUGAUAAAUGUCAGUUAUUCUGGUGUAUAUUUUUCUCCUAGAGUAGUUGUCAGCAGUUUAUUGUAUUACAGAACUUCUCAGGUAGAUAGAUAACACCUGUACUUUAAAGCUUUAUCUAAAGUAUUACAACAUUUGAAAAAGAUCCUCUUAACAUGGCAGUCUUGUAGCAAGAUACAAACAGCAUUCAAAUAACAGCCUGACCGAAAGAGAGAGAGCCCUAGGAGGUAAGGAGGAAGUGUUUUCCAUGUGUAAGGAAGUCCUGUUUCAAAAAAACCCUGUAUUCCAGUAAUAAUUCUUAUGUGAUGCCUUGCUCUGAGUUGCAUUGCUAGAUUAUAUUAAUCUUAUGCUGUUCAUGGAGAACUAGUCAAGUAAGGCUCCUAUGCAUAAGGUAACUAAGUAGAAUUGGGAUAAUUUAGACAGCUACUGGAAAGAGAUGGAAAGCUAGUUGGUUAUAGCAGCUGUAAGGUUAGGCCACAACAAGCCUACAUCCCUGCGCUCCAGAAAGCAUGCGCCAGGUCAGUCAGUCAGGAUUUUCUAAGAACUGGAGUCAGAUAUGCAAGUUGAACAGAAAGGUUUUGGUGAUCUGCAUUAUGUAAACAUGAUGUGAGAAACGGCAUGUUUAAAACAUGAUCUUAUGCUUCCUUUUUGUUGUGCUGUUAGAAGGUUAGUGGCUCAGUACACUAAACCAAAAUCUGCCUAUCUUUGUCACAUCUGCAUUGGACCACACUAGCUCAAAAUGGUACAUGGGCAUUCUAUACCCUGAAAGCUGUGGUGAGCACUGAAGGUCUGUUUGGAAAGGUUUUCAGGAAGAGUGGUGUUGGAAUGAGGAUUUUUAUUCUAACUGUCCAUUGCAAUGGAAAGGACUUAAGAAAUGAGAAAUUUCAAAAUAGGAACAGUGCUGAAAACUUAGGAAUAUCAAAAUAGUGGGGAAAUGCCACAGGAACAGUGCCAGUAGGGGAGUGCUGUUGGGAAAAUACUGAAAAUACUCCAUUUUCAAUAAGCUGCUUCCUUUCACAUAAUCUCUGUGCAUUUUCCCCCUUGUAAGCAAGGAAAACUAAGGAACAGAAUAGAAAUUAAACUAACGGACACUGCAAAACUGGCCAGUCAAAGUUCAUCAGGACUGUAUAAUAUUACUUGAAUUUUUUUACUAAUUAGAGGAUUAUUUUAAGUGAUGUGGUCCUCUGCAGUAAGUCAAGUACAGUGUUUAAAGCAUCCUGCUCUGUCAUAUAUGACAGUUCUCUAAAACAGAUGUGUAUUUGUUGGACAGAAAGCUACUCCAUACUCUACAUAUUAAAUAUUGUUUUAAUAGGAAUGAGAGAAAUCUGGACCUACCUUUGUUUUAGAAGUCCUAUUAGGACAGAUUUCUCAAUCAAAAAUAGUACUCUGAUAUACUGAACUUCAAAAACCAAAUUUAGAUUUGUUGGUGGUAACUACUGAGCAUAAUGACUUCAGUAGUACAUCAAGGCUGUUUUUAUCCCAGUGAAUAAGCUGCAAUCACCAAAGGUCACCAGAUCAUGUAUCUGAGCUCAGCUCAGUGAAUGAAAUGGGUAAUAAAAAUGUAUCUUUGUCUAGAAUAUACAGGUGUGAAAAAGCUGUCUUUGCUGCCAUAAUAUAUUUCAGUAUUUGUUGAUUUAUUUUUUUUGUGUUGAAUACAUGGUCACAAAAACAUACCUAGGUAGUCAUUGUUGUGAAGUAAACAUAAAUAAGACCUCUGCACCUGCUAAUGCUUGAACGUGAGUUGUGAUCUCAUGGUGUACUGUACAUCUGUAGCAUAGCUGCAGCUACUUCAGGUAGGAGCUGUAACUUCUCGAAGCAGCUGAAGCACAUGGGUGCUGUAAACUACAUCUGCAAUGCUGCUUGCAGAGAGAAGCUGCAGAAGAUAUUCAUGAUGCAGACAGAGGAAUGUAUAGCACUUAAGGAACCCAUGUGGAAUCUGUAAUAGUAAUCACUUAAGGGCUAUCGAUAUAGAUAAUACAGUAUCUUUUUCAGCAUUUACUGAAUUUUUAUUCCUGAAAGUAGAGCUGUAGUUUUAAGCCUUGUACUUGGAUGUAGAUGUUAAAAUAAUUUUGUAAUAAAAUCUUCUAUAUGGUU